GCGGCUUGGGCGGUGGAGUACCAUGGGCAUACUUGACGACUUGCGACGAGACCAAUGACCCCUCCUCCUCCUCCUGGUAUAACUUCCCUGCUCAGUCCCGCUUUCUGGGCGAUGGGACAAACAGAAGGGAGUUCCCCCCUCACUCCUGGCCCAAGAGAGAAAUGCAACAUUGGCACCUGGCACGCCUAUCCGAAGCUGCUCCCAUGUUUCACUAGCCGGCUCGCGCACACAAGAGAAAAGGGGAUACUCAGCUCUUUCUGCACGCUAAAAAGAAAGGGCCCGCCGUCGAGAAUCCCAGAUGCUUUGAGCUUCGACCUGGACUUUCCACCCCGCUUCCGGACAUCCUCGCCCUGCGGUUCAAGACAGAGAGCAAGUGAAGGCAGAGACAGUUCAUAAGAGGACCCAAGGACUUGGAUAUUCUCUCAAGCCCAUUCCGACACCAACUCAGUUUUUAUUGAUCGUUUUUGAUUACCUACUUUUUUUCUUCGCCAAAUCCCACCCCACUCAGGAUUACUUUCCCCUCCCGCACCCUUGCCGGGCGUACUUGAGAAGCAGAUCAGCCCGACGAAAAGCAACAGCCAGCAGCAGCAGCAGCUCCUUUUUCCGGGGGCUCCAGAAGGCGACCGGCCCAACUGUCAGCAAAGAGACCACCACACAGAAAAAAAGCUGGCGGUGGCUCCAACCUAAACGUCAUUCGACUCAACCCCCGCUGACUGAUAUCCUCCUAUUUAUGCAGGUGCACCUCAGCCCAAAAACACAACUGACGAGAUGCCACAAUUCGGCGCAACCUUCGUUCCUGGAGGGUUCGAUGACUACUACAUGCCCGAGGUCAUUGCACCUGCUCCUCAACGUGUAACGCCUCAGGUCCCCCAGAACAUGCAAAACGACCUUCAGCGCAUGGAACUUGAAGCCCGCGAAGUCUCCCCGAACCGAGCAGCCGUCUCCAGCAACAACGUCACCAACCGACACGGUCGUGAGCCGUCCCUGUCCUCUGUCCUCAAGCCAACCGAUUCUGGUGCGCCCUCGCUGCCGCCGAAAGGAGGACCCGACGCCCAAGCCGGCGCACCCCCGACCGACUCCUACAGACCCUUCCACGAGAACAGCGCGAGCGACAACCCUCAUAAGAUGCGGCCCAGCGCGGCACCCUCGUUCUCUCCUUUCCCAAAGCUCACAGGGGACAACGUCCCCCCGACGGACGAGGAAAAGGAAACGAUCUUGUGGAACGCCCGCGAGCAUGUCCUGCACUCGAAUAAUGUUUCUAUGCAGCUGUCAUGGGCUCGCGACACCUUGGCUUGGGCUGAGAUUGUUAUGGAUGCCAGAAGCCGAGACCCAGAGAGUGGCCGCCAGACACCAAACGUCGAGCACGAGCUGCGCGUCGACGCAAUCAACAUUGUCAACUAUUUGGUGGGCCAGGAACAUCCCGAGGCACUCUUUAUGAAAGCAAAGUGGCUCGAGUUCGGAAAGUUUGGCUGCAGACCUGACAAGAGAGAUGCGUACACAAAGUACCAGCGCGCGGCAGAGCUUGGCUACGCGCGUGCGGAGUAUCGUCUGGGCAUGCUGUUUGAGAACUCGAACGACUACAGCAAAGCCGUCGAGCACUACUACCUCGGUCUGCGACUCAAAGACUCGGCCGCUAUGUACCGCUUGGGCAUGAUGAGCCUGCUCGGCCAGCACAACCAUCAGAAAGACUACCAGCGAGGUCUAGACCUUAUUAGGGAGGCUGCUGACCUUUCGGACGAGGAUGCGCCGCAAGGGUCGUAUGUCUAUGGAAUGCUCCUCGCCAGGGACCUCCCUGACAUUGAUGUUCCGGAGGCUCUGCUUCAGACGGACCUGCACCAGGCCAAGAUGUAUAUCGAGAAGGCCGCUUACCUUGGCUUCGCCAAGGCUCAGUUGAAGAUUGGUCAGGCCUACGAGCUAUGCCAGCUUGGGUGCGACUUUAACCCAGCGUACUCGCUGCAUUACUACGGACUGGCCGCCCAGCAAGGACAGCCCGAGGCGUCGCUCGGUGUGAGCAGAUGGUUCCUGUUCGGAUAUGAGGGCAUCUUCAAUAAGAAUGAACAGCUGGCCUUCAAGUACGCUCAAGAUGCUGCCAACGCCAAGUUGCCGACUGGAGAGUUUGCCAUGGGAUACUACUACGAGAUUGGCGUUCAUGUGCCCAAGGAUCUCCGCCAAGCCAGAUUCUGGUACGAGGCGGCUGCUGACCAUGGCAACAAGGACGCCAGAGGCCGAAUUGAUGCCUUGGAUCACGAGAAGAGUCUGACCAAGGCCGACCACGAGACUACGACGCUGACGAGAAUCAAGUCGCAGCAUGGUUCGCAGCGCGGCAAGAGGCCCGAUCGCUUCAAGCAGCCGAAUACCAUGCCGACUGUUUCCGAGAGCACGCCAGUCACCCCGACCGAUGCUCACCCCGGCUACCCGUCUACGUCUGCCAAGACAUCUCCUCACCCGUCGCCCAGAGUGCACCCUUCUUCGGCGCCGCACGACACCGUUGACUACCCUGACCCGUCACGGCCCAAUAGCAUGGGCAACAGGCCAGCUGCAUUCACCGUUAACCUCGACUCCAACCUUGCAAUCCGGCCCAAGUCGGCUGCUCCAUACCCAGAGGACGACCGCCCCGCUCCGCUCAACCUGAACAGACCGAAAUCGACGGCACCGUAUCCCGAGGAUGAGAUGCACCACGGCGGCGGCGGCGGUGGCAGGGGCGCUGGGCCUCAACUCUCCCCUCACUACGGUGGUGGUCGUCCCGUCUCUGGCCCGCACUCUGAUCGUCCCGGUAGCGCGUUUGGCAUUCGCACCGGUCCCGGUGGUCCUCCGGGACCUGCAGGCAACAUUCGCGCUUCACAGUCAAUGGGCAACAUGAUUCCGCCGGCCGGUUCGGACCCGCGCGGUCGUGUGCCUGUCGGAGGGCCUGCAGGAUAUCGCCAGCCGAGCCCUGGUCCCGCCGCGCGACCACCCGGCCAACCCUACCCAGCGGCAGGUGGCCUUCCUCCCAACCCAGCCGCGAACCGGCCGCCUAAGCAAAGCCCAUACCCUCCGCAGCAGGGAAGCUAUGGCCCGAGCGACUACGGUCAGCCUACGCCGCCGCCUGCGCAAGCCGGCAACUUUGCCCAGCGAACAUCAUCCAUCCCCCCUGAUGCUCAGUAUGGAUACGGUAGAGGCGCGGCACCUCAGCGAAUUGACUCGAUGCCGCUUAGCCCUUCAGGCCAACCGCGUCCCGGUCCUGGGCCGGCGGGUCAGCCCCGGCCUUUCCCCAACCGACCAGACCUUGCCGAGCAGCCGGGUCGAACGGGCAGUGCGCCGCCCUCAUCUCAGCCGCGCCCGCAGCAGCAACCCAGCCCUGCUCCUAGUGCUCAGACUAUGCCCCCUCCCAAGAAGCAAGCGACGGGCCAGGGACCUGCCACCUUCGAGGCGAUGGGCAUUCCUAAGGGGAAGGAUGAGUCUGACUGCAUCGUGAUGUAAAUUUCUCUCUCAGAUACCAAUUUCACUUUACGACACGAUGCUUUUCAACUUUCCAAGCCUAGCACCGGGGGUUGGCUUCAGCGCGACUUGUAGAUAUACAGCAUUCCAUUGGCCUGAUGAGACAGCCAAGCGGCAGUCCGACAGUACCCCAAGGACAAUUGAAAGGCUUUUGCGUUCUCAAAGAUACGACCCGGUGAAGCUCGUCCAUGUGUCCACUCGCCUCUGACUUCGUUUCGACAUCACUUUGAUUCCGCCUCAGCCGCUGCAUACUGCUCAGCCAACGGCGCCAGGCAAUCUUUCAAGCUCGUCCAGCCCUUGCCACCCUGAAGACGUUCCAUCAGCUGAGUGGCUCUUUCGUUGGCAAUAGUGCCCUUAUCGGAGGCGAGAUCGGGAAGGUCGUCGGGGAAGGUUCGGUCUGGUUGGAUUUGGCGGAAGGCGGCGAGGAGGUCGUUGAUGUUGAACUUGCCCGCGUAGGCAAUGAGGCGUUCGGACUGGACGUCUGGGAGGAGGAGUGCUGCAAUGUGGAUUCGAGCUAUAUCGAUGACGUCGCAGUACCAUUCUGGGAGGGGUUAAUUUGGGAUGCAGAGGGUGGGGGGUAUGGUUGUUUAAGUAUUUCGAGUGAGGCAAGUCAGAGCAGCAGGAGGGGAUCGUGUACUUACGAGCUGGGAACAUUGCGACGAACUCAGGCGUGACAUUUCCCUGCCAGAGGGGUCGCAUUGCGCCAACGGCAGUGGGGAAGCCUUGGUGUUCCGGGAGGAGGACCUUGCCCAGUGCGGCAUUGGGCACGACUAUCGAUUAUUCACGUUAGGCCCGGGAGAUGAAAGAGAGGGAAACCGUUACACAGAAAGAGGAGGACGAGGGGAUAUGAAGAGUAGAAAGACGGGAAUUGGACACAG